CAUCAUUACAGUCCACGUCCAUCUCCUACGAGAUUCUGGCGAUUCCCUCUUCACGCUGUUUCUUUCACCAUUGACUCGACAGUCACUCUGCACUUUGUUCAAUCGACACCACCCUUGCCUCAAAUACAACCCCUCCCUCUCGUCGAAGCUCCACAUUCAGACGUUUACUGCAAUGGUCCGCUCCUGUAACCUCUGCCAUUCUGCAGCCUCAAGCCGCACUACAUGUCCUUGGCCAAAAUAUGGUCCUGUCACCUUCAAGGCGUCCCUACACUAUGGACCUGCCAACCUAUCCAUGCAGUGCCACCUAUAAUGGAUAUUCCUUUUCCGCAGGGUUCAGUUUCUUAUCUCUCGGCGGUGAGUGAAUCCGGUAGCAGUUACAGCUUCCUCAAUAUUUCGUUCGUCAAUCAUCCUUCGCCGAACGAGAAUACAAUUGGUUGCAUUCUUGCCUUAUUCUUUCUUAUCCUCGCAAGUCGCUGCAGGCAAGAUCAUCCUCCCCCCAUGGCACUGUCAGCUCAAUUGGAGCAGUUGUAUGUAAUCAUCCGUCUUUUCUUUUCGCGCCGUUUUCAGCGAUAUAGACAUUUUUUUUGCCUUUGUUAUUACCUCACAAAAUAUACUCAAUUCUACAUUUUGCCUUUGCGUGCUAACUGAGUAGUACGAUACAAGUCCAGGAGCAACAAUCACUCUGAGGCUCGCACGUCCCUUUCAACGUUGGCAGACCACUUUCGCCGCAAACUGUUCAUGCCAUUCUCUACAUUAGCACAGAUUCUUCUGCUAAUCCUGGUCGGUGAUCUCCAUUGCCGGCGCUUGUGCGAUCACACCAGCGUCUAUCGUGCCGAACAUCCACCGACAAUAUGGAAAUACACGUGCAGCGUGACCUGAACCCUAGGCCUCAAUCU